AUGGCUUACUACAUACCUUACCGCAUCAAACCGGAGACACAUGUCUAUAACCCAGUCCAACAUAAUCAACCAGCCUUGACCGUGUUUGACGUCAACAAAGCGGCACCAGCCCAGGAUCUCAGGUACCUGCAGGGAACCGACCAGUGUUCGGUGUUCGAGAAGCCUUACUUCUCACCCUCCUACCUUCCUGUGCCUGUCAACUACAACACCAGGCUGCCUCAUUGGUCAGAUAGUAGGAUCACGAAAGAUUGGCUGGCUCACUGGGGCAAUCAGCUCAUCCACCACGACCGAGCGUUCGGGGCCUGGCACGUCCUGUACGGAACUACUUACUUCUAUGGAGACAACCGGCGUCUGUAG